CUGGGCCUGUCCUCGAAUCCUUCCAGUUGAAGUUGAACAUAUAUGCAAUUCUUCUUUUUGCUUCUCCUGUUCGACAAGCGCCAACAUGCCAUCCAUUGUGCAGAGGCCCGGGGUGGCUGAAUCACAUGGGCCACGGCUAAGCACGAAACCCAAAUCACUCUGGCAGCUCCUUCAAGAAGGCCUGGAGGUAAACCCAGACGGUCUAGCCCUUGCCUGCCCACAGCAUCGCGGGGACUCCUUGUCUGGACAACAAGAGUUUACCAAUGGCGAUAUUGGUCCCGGAUGGAGCAAGGCACGUAACCAGUUUGAAUGGUCCUAUUCGCAAUUAUCGCAGAAGGCAGAGAGCCUGGCCCACAAAAUCCUGGGACUCGAUCUAGCCGUACAAGGCUUCACGAUUGCACCAUUCUUGACAAGCGGCCCAGAAUGGGCGCUUUGGUUCUGGACGGCAGCCAAGUUGAACAUGCCCAUCGCUGCCGUGGAUCCAAAAGUCCUAUCCGGCCAUGCAGCAACGUCGCCGUCGAAAGACAUACAGGAUGCCUGCAUCAAGGCCCUCCAACCACAAAUUGUCAUUGUGCAUGACGACUUCGCCGCCGUCGCCUACGACGAGGCUAGUGGCCGCAACGACCAGAACCCAGCGCUGAAGAUCAUCGCGGACCGCCAUUCGAGUUUGGCCCGUCCAUUGAGUCUGAGGGCCGACGGCUGGAUAACCCUCCAAGAGCUAAUAUCCUCUCCCGUGUCUGCUUGCGCCAAUGGAAAUCAUGAAGAGUCGGCUGAUGGAGGGGAAGUGCCAGAUCCAGAAGCCAUCGCGCGAAUCCUCUUCACAGGUGGAAGCACGGGAGAUCCCAAAGGCUGCCCCCACUCCCAUGCAAACCUGUCCGCCGAGAGCGAGGGUUUCAAUUCAAUGCGCGGGCUGACACCGGAGUCUCGCACUCUGAUUCAGUCGCCCGCGCAUCACAUCAUGGCAAACGCUGCAGCCCUUCUCAGCUGGCGGGCUGGGGCCGCGGUCAUAUUCCCGUUCAACGGGAACCAGUUCGAUGCGGGACAGUCAAUCAAGGCUAUCGAGACUUACAAGUGCACUUACCUGCCUGUGCAUCACAGCAUGUCGGACGCCAUCCUGCGGCACCCCUCUUUCAACAAGACAGCGGUUAAGUCGGUUCGGUUCAUGCAGAUCGGUGGCGCCUUGAUCGGAUCGGACCUCGCCGCACGAUACAGGGACUCUUUCGGCGUUGCGGAAGAUGGCUCCUCACAGCUUGAGGUGUUCCCCUUCUGGGGCAGCACCGAAGGGAUGUACACGACCGCAUGCGUGAAGGGCGAUGCGCUUGUUACCGACAACCGUGGUGCCGACCAAGUUGACCUCGCAGAGGGCUCGUCUGACCUGUUGUCCGUAGGACGAGCCUACACUGGCGGGCGCGUGAAGGUGGUAGACCCCGAUACGAGGACCACUUUGCCCCGCGGGUAUGGAAGUCAAUGUGUUGGAGAGCUUCACUUUGGCGGCGACACCGUCAUCAAGAAAUACCUUGGUGGUGUGUCGCCCGAGAGCUUCUACACAGAGGAUGGAGUCUUUUGGUUCAAGACCGGCGAUCAGGGCCGCAUGGCCCCGGACGGUUCGAUCUUCAUGCUGGGCCGCUAUAAAGACAUGAUCAAGAGGGGCGGGGAGAACAUAUUCCCACAGCAGCUGGAGUAUACGCUGCAAAGCAUCUGCGCCAUCAGGGCUCAAAUUAUUGGCAUUCCAGACUCCGUCACCGGGGAGGCCUGUGUUGCCGUCGUCGACACAUCGAAGUCCGAGCACUUUUCGAAGUUACAGCUGCAGCUCGAUAUAUCCAAGCAUGUAGGGCCAGAAUUUAUCUUCGUCCAUAUCCUCACGCUGGAAGAAUUAGGCCUGGGUGACUUUCCUGUCGGCCCGGGCGGCAAAGUCCGCAAGCCAGUCUUGAAAAGGUUGGUCCUGGAAUACCUGAACAAGAAAAAACCAACUGGCAAGUUUGUCAAUGGUACAUCCGCAACGGCGAAAUCUGAAAAAAGCCAGGACUACUGGAUCAACUUCGUGAAGUCAAUUUGGGCGGACCUGCUCCAUAUCGACCGCUCCCAGCUCGAAGAUGACUUUCGGCUUGAGCACUUCACGGAUAGCCUCACGGCAAUGAGGUAUUGCUUCGAGGUUGAAAGACUCACCUCGAAACGCUUGACAGUCGAGGACGUCCGUGACUCACCAACUAUCAGAGACCAGGCAAAGCUCAUCUCAAGCGCUAGCAUCGAGACGCACGGGGGUGGCAAGACGGGCACUGAUGUCAAGCAACGGACAGGGCCGCCCACCAUGGCAGAUGUUCUAAUUUGCAGGGGCCAGGAAUCUAAGUUCAGAGAGAUACAGGAACUAGCGAAGCCGGUCCUGGAUCGAAACGGUUGCACCUGGGACCAAGACGUCCUGGAGUGCUACCUCACAACACCUCUGUGGCGCGGCUGCGUGCUACUCCCCCCCACGCGAACUCAUAACCUGCGGUUUGCUUUCGAGGUACAUGGUCUGGAUUAUUCGGAGCUAAGAGAUGCGCUGCUCGAGGUCCUCAAGGUGCAGCCCCUGUUGGUCAGCACAGCGAUCAACCUGAAUAACCAGCUCGUGUUCCUGCAACUACGGCUCAGCGAUCAUCUGCUCGACAGGGUUAUCACAAAAGAGCCGCAAUUCGGCUCCGUGGACACGGCAGUGGAAUAUGGCCUCCAUGAACCAUUCCAGCUCGUCGCUCACCCACCGGAAUUACUCGGUCGCUUCGGCAUCUCACCAAUUUCCGGUGAACAUGAUGGACCAGGACCAGUUCAUGUCGUGACUAUUUCCCUCUCUCAUACCGUAUGUGACGGCAUGACCAAUGCCAUCAUCAUCCCCGAGCUGGAUGCACAGGUGCGUCUACGCCUGGCGAAGAAAGCUGGUGAGGUUGUGUCUCCGCCCCACAUCUCUCCCAGGUUCAUCCCGCACAAACUGCACUGUGACAUGUACGAGUCUCUAGACAACAGCCUCGCUGCCGAGACCUCUAGAAAGGUGAUAGCGUCUCGUUACCGCGGCCUCAGUAAGGAAGCCGUUACCCCGUGGCCGAUGUUUGACCAUGACAACAUAAUGAGCAUCUUCGGCACGGAUGGACACCGAGGGACAGAUGUUUACCACGGCGGUAUCAACAUACAGCGAUCACGAAGAGUGCCAGGCAUCCUUGAGCUGCAGGACAUUCACGGCAUCCCGCCCUCGGUGGCACUGAAGGUAGCCUACGGCCUCGCAAUCAUGCAGAUGACGGGGAAGAAGAUGUCACUGUUCAUGGGCAUCGACGCAGCCCGCCACUGGCCCUUCCAGGACGAGUGGACGCAGACGCAGCUGCCGAACCCGCUCCUCAUCGGUGGCCCGACGGCAGUGCUGACGUGGGAGCGCCUCAAGCUCGAGGACGAGAAGGUCACCCUCCUCGACAUCCUCCGCCAGACGCACGCUGAGGACUUGGAGGUGGCCCCGCACACGCACGUCUUCAACUCCUACGAGGGCAUCUUGGCGCACCUGCCCCCCGAGGACGCUGCUUUCGUCCGGGAGUCGCGCUGCUUCGACCCCAAGAUCGCGCUGAACCACGUCCCUGACGUGGGGCGCUUCACCGGGGCGGACGGGCUGAAGUCGCUCAAGAUCAGAGGGGUGUCUUUCUUUGGCACCGGGUUCACGCCGCUGCAGUCCGGGUUUGACAGCCGGGACCGGGAGGUGUGUGUCAUUGCUGGACUCGUGGAUGACGUGCAGUGGGACGAUCCGGAGAGGGAAGUCGGCGGGUUCGAGGAGAAGAUCCUCAGGACGCUGGGCGAUAUUGUAAAGCCGGAGAACUGGGACGCCACGGCGUUUGGGUUCGCAGAGCCUGUGGAGGAGUGAAUUCGGAUCUUUGGCUGGCUUCAUGAUACGGUGCUGUUCUUCUUCUGAAUUUCUACGAAUGCUGUCAUUCUGUCCACAUGACGAUGAGAGAUCGAAGUAGCUGGUCGCGCCUUGUCCAAUGAAAGGAAUGGUACGACAGCAAA